GGGGCAGGCGUCCGCCGAGAGCGCCGAGCGCUGCGCAUGCGCACUGACCCCGGCGGGCCCUAGCAACCGGAGCAGUGACAGUAGCAACCGCCGGAAUGGCAAAAGCAACAACAAUCAAGGAAGCCCUAGCCAGAUGGGAAGAGAAAACUGGUCAGAGGCCAUCUGAAACCAAAGAGAUAAAACUUUAUGCCCAGAUUCCCCCAAUAGAGAAGAUGGAUGCAUCCUUGUCCACACUUGCUAAUUGCGAGAAGCUUUCACUGUCUACAAACUGCAUUGAAAAAAUUGCCAACCUGAAUGGCUUAAAAAACUUGAGGAUAUUGUCUUUAGGAAGAAACAACAUAAAGAACUUAAAUGGACUGGAAGCAGUAGGGGACACGUUAGAGGAAUUGUGGAUCUCCUAUAAUUUUAUUGAGAAGUUGAAAGGGAUCCAUGUAAUGAAGAAAUUGAAGAUUCUGUAUAUGUCUAAUAACCUGGUGAAAGACUGGGCUGAAUUUGUGAAGCUGGCAGAACUGCCGUGCCUUGAAGACCUGGUGUUUGUCGGCAACCCCUUGGAAGAAAAACAUUCUGCUGAGGGCAACUGGAUUGAAGAGGCAACCAAGAGAGUGCCCAGACUGAAAAAGCUGGAUGGUACUCCAGUAAUUAAAGAGGAUGAGGAAGAAGAAAAUUAAUGCCAUAUUUUCCACUUUGUGUUAACUUAUUUAAAUGUAAUGAGAACAAUAGAUAAGUUUUGUAUAAUUGUCUAUUUUAAAGAUUUUGUGUGGGGCAAAAGGUUCUUAAGAUAAAACAAAUCUCUCCCUUCCAUCUUUUUUUAAAACCUAUUCAGUGUUGCUUCCCCUAACCAGUGACAUCAACUUUAUAUAGUCUAGUUCUCUUUUUCAAAACUAUAAAUUUUCCAUCUUUGUCUUUAGUCCCAGUUAUACAUUACAUGGCCCCAUCUACUGAAAUUUGUAGACCAGUCAUUUUUAAUAGCAAAGGAACAAAUGUUCUUUAUUCAAUCUGUUUAGUAUUCUUAAGCCAGGCAUUUUUAAAAAUGUACUUCUGAAUCUGUAGAAGGUCCAUCUCCUUACAACCCUGAAGCUCGAACGUAUCAUGCCUUCAGUUUAGAAGGCAGCAUUGUGAUGGGAAGAGUUCCUCAUAGAACUGCAGCACAGCCCUGGAACCAAGACUCCAAAGUCCCAAUUGGAAACGCCAUGGUGAAAAAGGGAAAAUUCAUAUCUUGGAGGCCUUCUAGCUCAUGUUAUAUUUACUUACUUGUUUUUCCAAAAAUGUGUAUAUUGUCAACUGGAAUUUAUAUACAUGACCACUUGCAUAAUCAGUCAUUCUGUGAUCAAGGUCAGUGGUUAAAAUGGCUCUCAUGAUCACUUCUUUGACCAGUAAUGUGGCCAUGUUACUCAGGUAGGCCUGGCCUUAGGCACACUUUUUGGUUUAUAGUUCUUUAUGUGUUUAAAGCAGUGGUCAGUAGUCCUAGCCUAAAUAUCGACCAUUGAUAUAUGUCAAAAUUUGUCCCAGUUAAUUGGUAUAAUGACCCCCAUUGUUACAGUUAUAAGGGUAUAGACUUAAAGAUUGAAUUUGAUAUCUCAAUAAAAUGAAGCUUAGUAUGUCAGAUAUAUUUUUUGAGAAGUUCUAGGUUAAACAGCUUAUAAAGUGUAUUAUGUAAGUGACUGUAGAGGGAAAAGAGAUGUUUCAGUAUGGGAUCCCAGGCAAAUGGUAGUAUGUUUGAGGAUUGCCUUCUAUGUGAAGCAUUGUAUGUGACUUAACCUCAAAAUUACAAAGCAAUAGUUAGAUUCAGAAAUUAGAAGUUAUCAUGUAAGAAAAAAAUUCUUUCUGGAAAAUGCAAGACAUUGUCAGUAACCAGAUGAAAUCCAUAGCAGGCCAUGACCAAAUCACUAGAUUACAGAAAAGAAGUCAGGGGCCCCCUGCCAAAUUGUGCCUAAAGUCUCUCAACUGGAGACUAUUAAUUCUUGUUUCCCCAUCUACUUAUGUGAUUUUACUUAGAUGAAAUCACAAUGAAAAAGGGGAGAUACUUUUUUUUAAAGUAAUUGAAUAAGUAGUUCUAGGUUUCAGAAAUUUACUGUUACCAUUUAAGUAGGAAUUACUUGGUUUCUCUAAGAGUCACUCUGAUCAAAAAGGGACCACUGCUUUGACAAUCAACUCUAAAUCCAAACAAGAAGAACACGUCUAACAAUUUUUUAGCUCCUUUUAGCUCUUCCUUUCAAUUUUAUAGGAAGAAACCUUUACUCUGAUUGGCUUAUACAUGCAAAGUCUUUGGCAUUUCUUUUAUGAACCAGACACAAUGAACCUUCAUUCUGCUUGGUGAUGUUUAAAGCCUAUAAGCUGAGAAGGAAAACCAUCUUUUUCAUUUGUAGUUUGCACUUCACUCAGUAGGCAAUCUCGAGGCCAUGUUGCUAUAUUUGGGUGUAUUUUCUAAAGGUUACUGUGGAAGUGAACCUAAUAGGAAAUGGAUGACUUUGUAUUGAAUUUGUGAAAUGGCUUACAGUUUUAGUGUUUGGUUUUUGUGAAUUCUGUAAUACAGGAAUUAAUUUUCCCUUAUCCUUGUCUUUCAAUCACUGGUUGAUAUCAUAGAAAUGUAAGGUGCUUUUUCCAUUUCACACAAAAUUCAUAUUCAGUUCUACUCACCAAGUAUUUCAAUGACUUUUGUGCAUCCCUGUUCCUGGAAUUAAAGCCAGAAUUCAUGCAACUAGAAAAUGGAAGUUUGGUUGUAUAAAGAAGUUCAGGAUAUUCUCUCAAAUCAUUCCUUAAAUCAUCCCUUACUGAAGCAAAUUUAGUUGAUAUUAAAUGCCUUUGGUUUUAUGCCUCUGAGAUUAGAUAUUUGACCUAUUUGGAACAGAUGCUCUCUGUGCUUCUCCAUUAAUGAAUCGUUUAAAUUUCUUUAAAUGAUGAUAGAGCUCUGGAAUAGUCCAGUAUUUUAAUUUUUCACAGUAAAUUUUAUUUUAUCCUACCAAUGAUUUCAACUUUUCUACUUUCCCUAAUUCUAAGCUUAUGACUUACUUGUCAGAUUGUGAAAUAUUUUUAUGUUCUAUUUAUAGGAGUUUAUUCCUUUAAACUAGAGAUUCUCAGUCUGGCCACUGUUUCCAUUUUGGCCUAGAUAAUUCAUUGUUCUGGGUGGCCUCUACAAGAUAGAGACCAGGAGCGCCCCUUCCCAGUUGUGACAAAAAAAAAUAUGUCUCCAGACAUUGCUGUCUGGCCUCUGGGCAAAAAGUGGGAAGACAUUCUCCUUUGGUUAAGAACCAGUGCUAUUUGCUUCUGGUUCCUUUUGUCAAGGGUCCAUUUAUUUUUCACUCAAAGCCACGUGCCACUGGAAUUGUUAUAUGAGAGAAUAUGCUGUAUUUAAUAAUCAUGGGGGAAGGAAAAGGCCAGUAAUGUUUUCCAUUUUUGUAAUGCUCAUUUUCAUAAGUUUCACAUAGUAUUAGAAACUCAGGGCUGGAAGGUUCAACUUAUCUUUUUUCAGCAGGGUUUCAACUUUUAUUUCUUAGCAUUCUUGCUUAUUAAAGACAGUGAUUAUUAACCUACCUCUCUGUUACUAUCAACUGAAUCCAACAACUUCACUUUGUCUCUAAAGUUUAAUAGUUUGCAUAUACUUUAGAAAAUGGAUCAUUCAUUGCCUAAUAAUGUGCAAAGUUUUGAGACUAUGAUCAUCAUUAAAUACAGAAAAAUACUAUGUAAAAAUUUAUCAUGAAAAUUAGCUUGCAUAAACAUUGAUUUUGAGUGUGACCAGAAGAAGGUCUGCUCAUGAUAACUGGUCAAUUACUUGGUAUGUUUACUGGAUCCGUUCCAUGAGAAAAGGUGGUAGAAGACAUUUAAAUAUGGUCCUUGAGUCAGAUUUUCCACUUGAAUCAGUAUUUCUGACACUUUUGGCCAGUGGUCUGAAAGCAGAAUAAGGAGGCAUGAGAAAUGAAUCUUGACUAUUGGCUGAUUCUCAGAGUUGGUAAUAUGUAAAUAGAGUUGGAAUCUUCUAUCUGGGUAUGUCUUAGGAAUAAAUGGAAAAGCAUAGGGCCAGCCCAGAAAGGUUGUAUUUAAUCAAUCACUUUUAAAAAUUGGAGAGAAGUGUCAAAGCAUUGAUCUUGAGUAGUCAGUGCCUCUCUGACUGCAGUCAGAUCAUUAGUUCACUAAGACCUUAUACAUUAUAAGUAUUGGUAAAAGGAGAAAACUGCAAAACUGCUAGUUAUCCUUUACCAGAAAUUAAUGCCUUUGAAUUUGGCACACACUUUCUUUAAUUGGGGUAUUUAAUGUAUCUCUAAAUAAUGAAAUAAGAUUCAGUGUAGCAGAGUUGGUGCUGCUGCAGACACAGCUAACUUGACCACAUUCCUUAGUCUUUAUUCCAGCAUGUCUUACUGCUUUUUGUUUAAUUAUAAAGUAGGCAAAAUUUCAAAAAUUAAGAAUUAUAUUUCAAAACCACUGAACUUUUAGAAAUAUCAUAUCUGUAUCUUUAUUCCUACCUACUUGUUAAUCAGUGAAUAUAAAGGAAGAACUAGACUUAGUUUUAAUCCUCUUCUAACCUAAGAUAAAUUGGUAAAACUUUACUCAACACUUGAAGUCCACAAUUGGAUUCUAGUUUAAUAUCCCAUAUUGGGCAGGUUAGAGGGAACUAACCAACCAAAUUAUGAUCUAGCAAAUUUAACUUGGGGGUGGGAGAGAAUAAACUAUUUUUCAAUAGAUUUGCACUUUAAAAUUAUGAACUGGAUGUUAGUGGAAAGUACUUCCAAAGGGCAGAUGGGUAAAUACCUAACCUGUACAUAGAGAAGAGAAUCAAACCUCACCUUUGCUCAUUCUAAGUCCACAUGAGCAGUUGCUGUCUAUCUGUAUAGUCAGUCAGGAUUUCCCAGUUUCCCUGCUUGGGUCACCUUUCAUGUCUGCUAUAUCUGAGAUCAUCCCUCUGAGGAUAUGUCAAGUAGUUCUGCUCAGAUAGAAACUUUGUGAGUUAUCUUUCCCACAUCUAGUUUUUAAAAAUUAAUUUAGAUGUUGACGAAAUUAAGUUGUGGCAAAAUUUCAUGAGUGGGAAGCUCCUUGCUUCUUUGAUCAGUAAGGAGUAGCUAGCUGCCUCUGAGGUGCUCCUGCCUCGAGGGAUCACUCCUAUCAAAAGAUGGGUGAAUAGGAGGCUAAAGAGACUACAAAUAGCCAGCUACUUCUCCCGGUUAUCCGUUAUGAGUGUGAGCAUCAUUCCAGACUUCGGCUUCUAGAAGCCACUCCAUUCUGAAGAACAUUUUGACAUCUAUUAAUACUCCAGUAAUAAUAUUUUAUACAUAGGAGUUUUGUAGCAUGAUUUUGACUAAACUUAUUGUGUGUUAAAUUAUUUAGAAAUAUUGAGUUUCUGAAUGUUAUUUUGUGAGACUUGUUUUAAAAUAGUAAUAAAUUGUGUUAUUU